UCGAAGGGUCAUAGAAAUUCCUCCAGAUCUCUCUUUCUAUCUGAGAUCUCAAAGGAAAACCUUCUCUCUCUUUCUCUCUGAACCUAUAGAGAAGAUGGAAUCGAGUCCACCGGACAUAGCCAAGAGACUGUGGAACAUCGUACGUGUAGUGUUUUACAUGCUGAGAAAAGGCAUCUCGAAGCGGAAACUAAUGAUGGAUCUUCACCUGAUGAUGAAACGCGGCAAGAUCGCAGGGAAGGCGCUGGGCAACCUGAUGUUCCAUCACCACUCCAACUUCAGUUGCCGGUCGAACGACGUACAGCUGUCGUUCGUCGCUCCUCGUGAGUACGAGUUUAGCUGCAGCAACAGCCCAGCCUACCCCUCUUACUUCCCGUUUCACGUCAACAAGCGCAAGAACCACCAUUCCUACACCUCCCAUUCUCACCAGCACCAUCAAGACGACGCAGCAACCAUUAAUGCGGUGCAGAAGAUGUUGGAGAUGUUGAGCAAUGACGUUAUUUCGGAGCCGUCUCCGUUGGUAAAUCUGCCGGGGUUCGGGAAGAGCCCCAUGGCACGGCAGUUGCGGAUAACGGACUCGCCGUUCCCGUUAAGAUCCACUGACGAAGACAGCCAUGUUGACAAGGCAGCUGAGGAGUUUAUCGAAAAGUUUUACAAGGAUUUAAAGCUGCAGAACAGGAUGGCUGCCCUCGAAGCACGCUACCAAGGAAUGUGGUCCCCAAGUUCCGGUUGAGGUUCCGGCAGGGAAUCGUUGUCAGGUUCCAGCUCUGUACGUAGAUUGCCGGCAAUAAUCCAAUUCAGCUUCAUUCAGCGCUAAUUUUCUCUUUUUUCUUUUCUUUUCUUUUUCUUUUUCUCCUCGAUGUUACUGUUGAAUCAAUAAAUGAUUUCUAUGAAUUCCUGGCUUCUGUCCGUUAGAAAGCUUGUAUUAUGAGUGUAUAGUCCGGCUAUGGAGAUCUAGUCAUGAUUUUUAUGAA